AAAAAAAGGGUUAAUAAAAAUCAAACACGAUGAAAGCGGAAGGCAGAGAAGGGAGCUCGACAGCAACUACUGUAUACAGGAUAUUGCAGAGCCCGGCACCGAUCUGCAUGUUCUAUUUUGCCCAUCCCUUUGGCAUUUCCUCACCGGCGGCCACCAGUGGGUCGACUUCCUCCAAAGCGGUUGCUCCGAAAGCACCAAAAAUCGAACCCAGUCGUAAGCCGGUUCCUUUACCCGCGCCAAAAUAUGAUCGACACGCGUCGAAGAUGGAAAUCGUACGACUAAGGCCCGACUCCCGCGACGAACCGAAGAAACCGAACGGCAUGACGAUGCGCUUCGAAAAACCGACGGCAAAACCAGUGAAACCUCCGGAAAGCCGACCGAAACUGAAAAAGAACAAAAAUAGCAAUGCUGGUGCUGUUCCGGGGGCGGCAGUGGUGACGAACGGUGGCGGCCAUCGGGUGAGUCGAACUCCGCUGACGGUGAAACCGCAUGCCAAGACAAAGAAGCGACCGAAUAUGAUCGAACUUGACACCCGGCAGAUACCGCUGACGCCUUGGCCCAGUACGAUUUGGAAUCGGGACUUUCUCAUUCCGCCGCUGUUGCAGGUGCUGGCCAAGCAGCAUGGUCGCAAAAUACCGGAUAUCGAGCAGAUUUUGCGCACCGUUCGUUCCGCUUGGAAUACACCCAAAUCACAGCGAUCGCUCUCGCAAAACCAAGACAGUCGUGACUCAUCCUCGUCCAACUGGGACCUAUCGAGCUCGUGCGAUAGCUACUACUGUAACCAGGGACGCCACCACAGGAUGGGUGCCGGGACGUACGCCACGGUGAUGGGCUCCGGCCCGGGACUGCUCAGGAGACGUUACUCCGUACCUGAAAUCAUCAUGAGAAAACAUACCCUAGCCCAGCAGAAGUCGUAUGACGAGCCACCGCACGACAGCAACCACAACAACAUCGUCCUGAACAACAAAAACUACUACCCCUCGCAAUCCCCUAAACUUCAGCAACAGAAUAGCGGUAGCGGGGGGCCAAUGACACGCGGCAACAGCAAGGCAUCGCCGAUUCUACAACGCAAACAACAACAACAACAACUACCACAGUCACCGGUUCUAGUUCACCGGAAAUCGAUUACGAGGGCGGCUAGUAGUGUGGAGAGCGGGAGCGGCGACUUCCACGCGCUAGCUUCGACCGGGUCCGAGUCGAAUCUGGCCACUAUGAAGCGCCAACCGUCGUCCCUAGGUGGUAUUAGUCGUAGUCAAAAGUGUAGUAGUGUCAAUGGUAUUAAUAGUAGCACUAAUAAUAAUAACAACUAUAUUGUCGGUAGCACCGGGGUCAGCGUAGGGUUGGGUGGCGCAGGUGUCCUGGGCGUGGGUGGUGGUGGCGGGGAUUUCUCGAUGAGAAAAUCGACCCUGCUGCGGAGGAUGUGGAGCAAAGAAAUGCGACGGUACGAUCGGUCCGGCAGUUGGUCUCCACCGCUGAGGCGGGCACCACGUCGGAUUUAUAGCAUUGAGAGUAUUCUUCCACCGGAGGGGUUGCUGGCCAGUGGUGGUGGUAGUGGUAGUAGUGACGGGAGUUCUGCGACGACCACGACGACCUCGUGUAAGGAAUGUGCGAAGCUGGAAAGUCAGUACAACAGUAACGCUAGAGGUGGCAAGUUGGCUGCUAAUGAGUCGCCGAAAAGGCUUCGGCUCGCCGGUUCAUUGAAUAACAUUAACCUUCAGAAGGGUGACAGUUUGGAAGCAUUGAGUCGGACAAGCACUCCUAACAAUAGGCAGCUGAUUUCCAGUGAGGGUCUGGUGGACGACAGUGCAAGUGUAACGACCAAAAGUUCGAAACCGGAGGUUUCCAGUACCACUGGGGCCACGAAUACCCCAUUGAUCCAACGCAAGGAAGAGGUCAUCCAUGACCGAUCCAAGCGUAACUUCGUCUUCAUGAGCACUAACGACGAAGUCGAGCUUGACGAGGCAGAUCUUACCAGUAGCACUUCCUCGAUAGCAUCCCAGGCGUGUGUCCGACCGGUCGGACGCGCUGGCAGCACUGGCACUAUCCUUGAAGCAAGUGAAGAAGGUACAUUAAUCGAUAACGGCGAACACGAACGCGGCGACGAAGACGGUAAUGAUGCUACCAGUUCUGUUCUGAACGCGCACGAUAACGAAAGUGAAAUCAGUGAGUUUCUAAAACAGGAAGCCAUCGCACGGAAUGAUGAUUAUCAAGAUCAUCGAAAUCAUCGGGAAACUCCUACUGAGCGCGGUCGUAAUACUGAUGUUGAUGUACAUUCUCGAAAACGUACUGAGAAUGUUGAUAACGAUUCAGCACCAGGAGACUUUGCUGUGAAGGUCACUGGUGCUGGCAGAGAGACAGAAGAGGGACAUUUUCCGUUGAAGAAACAAAUUGCGCGGCGUGGUAGCAACGCCAGCAGUAGUGCAAUUAGUAUUUCCGCCGAAAGUACCGAUAGUGAUUGUGUUUACGCGGGUGAUAGUAGAAAUAAAUUGGACACUCUAACGAGAGCGGACGUAUUAAAAAACGAAACACGACUGGAUGAAUACAUUUCAAAUUUAUUGGUGGAUAAUUUGAACAAUCUUUUAGAUACGAAAGAAAUUGUUGCUAACAGUGUCACUAGUUCAGAUCAAAAGAACAACAACAAACAAAUAGAAGAACCAAAAUCGAUAGAUCCAGCCGAUAGCGGUGCGCCAGAGGUCGACGCAAUGAAACAUAAAGGAACGGAAAAGUACAUUGGAGGGGGCGGUGGGGUGGUAUGCAAUUCACCUCCAGACCACCCGAGCAAUAAACUCAAGCAUCAGCAAAGCACCGUCGACAAGGACAGUGAAAAAGAAAACGAAGACACAAUUAAUAACAAUCGCUCGGAGGAAAAUGGUAAAAUUUCAAUUCACUACGUACUCAAGAAGAAAGGACUGGGCGAAAAGCAAUCGAGCACUAAUGGGUUCUACUUGGUACCGAGAAACGGUUCCCGAGAUUCUGAUGGACUUCCAUCGGAGAUAGAUCUCAACGGGAAAUACUACUUCCCGUCGUACGGUAUCGACACGGAUCCAUCCGAUAACACCGAUAUAGCUUCGGAACCCGAAGUUCAGAUAAUCAGUAAGAUCGGAUUGGGAUCUGUCUACCGGGAUAAUGGCCACGGGAGAUCUACCAUAGUUCCUCGCAUAUCUGCCCUUCCUCGGACCGAGUCCAUGGAAGUGCAGCCAUCUUCAAAUUCCGCGGAAGAGUUCGACGACCUACCCGGAAACAAUGGCUACGAUUCGGACACUCCAAGCCUGGUCGAUAGCCUGGAUGAAGUGGAAAUCACUCCCCGAAGGAAACCCGAUCGAAGAAAAUCGCUUGCUCCACUAUCUCCGGCUCGAGCUUCGACAACUCCAGCCGAGCCUACCGCUGAAUCAACCACCAAAUCCGAAAGUUCGGACAAAUCACCACGGCACGAGAAAGGCGAAUCUUUCUUCGUUCCCAUACAGGAUACUACUGUGAUACUCGACGAACACAUCAUAGUUGCCGAUACAAUGCCGAUGCGGCUCAAGGAACGCUUAAACAACCGUCAACGGUUGAUGACCUGGAAGAAAGAACAGGAAAGUCUCAAGAAACAUCGGAAAGUGAUGCGAUUGAUCGAGCAGCGCAAAUUCUACGGCGAACCUGCAAUCCAGGUGAUCAGUACGAUUGAUCGAGCCAUUAGUCGUAAAGAGUACAUUCCUCCUGCGGAGAAGAAGCGGGUGUUUGGACCAACGUCCGCUUUCACUCCGAAAGUCCCGAAAGGAAAGAAGAAGGGGAGCGCCUCCCGUACAGAGCUCGGAAUGCUUGAAUCCUACAAAAUCGAUGCCCGUGGAAACAUGCAGAUUCAAUCCCCGGAUAUUGGUGCUACUGGUGCUACUGGUGCUGCUGGUGCAUCAACGGCUAAUGCAAAAAGCACGAAAAAAUCUGCAAAAAGUCCAUGGGGCCAAGCAGCUGAGCGGAGACAGAAGUCCAGCAGCGAUGCUCAAUCUGCACCGACUACGUCCAAGUCUUCAUUCCAUCCGGCAACAGCUACGGCAACGACGACUGCAUCGUCCAAAACGCCUAAGAAGACUCCAGCGGAUGUAAGAAGGAAGCACGUGUUGAAGGAUGUCCAGCAAAUGACUCUGUAUCCGCACGCGGACCUUACUCCGGACAUCGAAGGCGGCCCAAGGCGAAUGUACCAGAAAACCGAGAUCCAAGAAGGUGAUAAGCAUAUCGAAAUUCUGGAGAUUGUGGAGUGCGCAGACAGUGCUCCCCGCAGGCCACCACGAGUUCGAAGCGGCAGUGGUAAACGUUCCAGUCACAGUAAAUCCCGUAUUCCUGUUCCCAUCUACAGAUGGGGUCGAUACAGGCCAAGUUCCUCCUCCAGGGAGAAUAGUCCCCUAUCAACAGGCGGAAGCAAUCCGAAAGUCGAUCGAAUGAUUGCUGACCUGCUGAUUGAGGCCCUCUCCAAUCCGGAUGACGUCGGUGUCAAGUUCGUCAAAUCUCCUGAAGAUCUGAAAGACAAAUCCAAGCGAUCGCCAUCGAGUCGCAAGAACAUCGCUUCGAACAGUUCCACGCCUCGACGUUCGGCCAACAGUGGCAAAUACACGCAACGCUUCGAAGUGAUCCCGGAGGAGCGCAGCAGCGUUUCUAUGUCCUCGUCCGCCGAAGAACUUUCCUCCGGUCGAAAAAAGCACGCCUCACCGCGUCGAGUCAGUUUCGACGAGAACCAUAAAAUCUUGAAUGUCGACGAGUUCGAAUCGCAGCCGGGUUCAAAGUUAGCCCCGAAGGCAGUAUCGCCGAAACCAUCUCCGAAGCCAUCGCCGAAGAAGAUCGCAUCCACCCCAACUGCGACGCCCUCGCCCAAGGCAUCUGCGCUGAAAAAGAAAUCCACCUCAACCACCAGCCGGGGCAAAGCGGCCAUCGAGAGUGAUGUGGUCGAAGAAAAGGGCUGGAUCGGGUUCAGCACCCAGCACGAGGACAUGGCCACUCCGAUCAACGGCGAAGAUGAUGAAGACGUUCACCGUCCACCGGUAGUGGUGAACGGAGCACUAGAAGUCAAUGGCCACCACCAUCACCAUUCGAACCUUACCGCAAAAGAGCAUGAGCGUAGAAACAUUGUAAAAACCAUCGUAACUGGCAACAUUGCACGCGACAGUGGUAGCAGAGUGAUUCGGCAUGACGACACAUCCACCCAACAUCACAUAGUUGAUCACUUCCAUCACCAUCAAAGUGUAAAUAUCAGCGUGACGCCAGCGACGUUAACCGCCGGGUCGGUAGUGUCCGUAGAUCAUGUAAGAUCAACCGCAGCCACCAUCGGUUCAUACAACAGCUGCAAUGGCACAGCUGGCGUCACAAAAGCUUGCAAUCAAUAUCUAGCCAUCUCAGCCAACUCCAACGGAUGUAAUCGGAGACUGACCAGUGGUGAAUUUUCAGACGAAUCCUGCUUCACCGAUAGUCUCAAUGUGAAGCCUUCACCGUUGAGGCACGAAGACACGAUGAUAUCCCGUGAGCUCGCCAUUCCAGUGCACAUCGAACAAGACAUUAGAUCUGCUAAGCACGGAGGCCACAGCGUCAACGAGCUCAAGUCUACUGCAGAUUCGGUGAAAGAGGUAAACGUAGACAACCCUUGUGAUUGCAAUGAAUCAAUAUAUCCUUACCGCCAGAUACGAGAGGAAAAUGCUUGGCAUGUUUACGAGACGGCUGACUGUAAGGUAAUCCAAUCCAAAAUAGAGUACUAUGAGACGUCGAUUCAUCGAACGCCACUCACCGAGAAUCACCAAAGCUUAUUCGGUCAAAUAGCCGACCGAAGUCCUGGAUCAUUGAGAUCUGCACUUCUGAAUGCCACUUUUGACAACCAUGAGCUUGUUCGACACGAACUAAAACCUGAUGAGCGGAUGAAUCUCACAUCAUCCGAUACGCUUGAUAGUCACCAUAUCCCAGCUAUAACCACCGUUAGGACUCCAGCGAUCAGCGAAGAUGCACCAAAAACAUCAGAGACUUGCAGUAGUUGCUGUUUCUGUAAUCCCGAACUGCAUAAACACUCCGGCAACCCAUCCGAAACUUGUUUCUACUGCCAAGCCAAGGCUCAUACGCCCAGUAAAAGCUUCCCUGCUCCACCGACCCCUCCCAACAUCCAAAUGUCCCCCAUACCACCGUCUCCCAAGACUCCAAUUAUGGAACUAACUCCAACCCCUACUCUACAAGAAAUAUCUCUUCCUCCAAAGAAAACCCCACAACCACAGAAACCUCGAGACCACCCUGCACCGCCUCCCCCAGUCACCCCUAACCACACCCCAAAACCAUCCCAUAACUCUUCCAAAGACACACAGCCCGACCCCAGCACAUCAACCGGCCUCAGUACCACAGCGACCUCAAUCAACGGGCUCUACACCGAGACCACCAAAAAGACUGACCACACCCACACCAAGACCAAAACCAAAACCUCCGACACCGUCAGUACAAAGUGCUCCACCACCAACGAAAAGAUCAAACGCUCCUACGUGCCAUCAACCGGCGAUUCGGACAAGCUGGAAGAAGUUUCCAAGAAACUCACUCGCAAAAAGUCCGAAACCACCGUGCUUAACCGGCCCAAACACGUCAACAGCCUCAACCGAACCUCCAGCGUCGUGCACUCCGUUCAGAAGGAAAUCAAAAACGAACUCAAAACCCCUAUCAAAGUACUGCCCAAAACCGCCAAAGAACUCAGCAACCGCAAGGAACGAGACAAACAGAUCAACCUAAAGCUCCCCUUGGACAAGGAGUCACCCCCGAGGCACUCGAAAUCCAAAACCACCCUAGGAUUCGAAAGUCUCCCGAAAGAUAAAUCGAAACCUCCUUGUGCUUCCUCCCAGAGCUACGACGAAACCACUUCCUCCAGCUCGACGAACUCGAGUUCUAAUUCGAGCCCGUUCAAGAAUUGUGCCGCCCUACCACCGGCCACCCGCUGGAAGCACAACAGCGAACGGAAUCUCACCCAACUCACGAUGCAAAAGAUAAGCGCAGCAAGCAAAUGGGGCAACAAGUGGCGGAAGGCUGCUCGGCAGCACGAAGAUGACCCAACCAUGGUGGAGAGCACGCUGAGCCCUAUCCGAAGGCGACCCGCUAUGGAAGAUAUGCUGCCGCCGGGAGAUUCGCGGAUGAACGCGGUGAGUGCAACGACGGCGGCGACCACCACGACCAGCGCAGCGGCUAUUGCUGCGGCGGCGGCUCCGAGCAUCGUCAGCGGAAUCACCCAGAGCACGACCAAUCAAGGCUGGACGGUAACGGUGGCCGGCAACUACAACCCAGAUAUGGCACCGGACGUCGAAAUGAAGCUCAGUUUUCCUAAACAACCGAACGCCUCCGCCAGCGGUGGGCAUGCUGUAGCUGGAGGUAGCGGAGGAAGCAAACGCACCAGCCAUCCGGCCAUGGCCAACGGUGUCGACAGUAGCUAUCAGUCCAGUGCCCUGGCCGGUAAUCGGAAGCAGCAGUACAUCGAAGAUGCUCAUCACAUCCCGGGUCGCGGCGGUGGCAACCCGAACUACGCCGUACUAGAUGACGAUAGCUACGGCGGUGGCAGCCGAGGAAUGGCACGCGCUGCUCUGCCCCCUCCGGCAGCGUUGAAUCCCAAGCGAACCCUGUCUCGAUCGGAUGGAACCGCAGGCGGCAAAGAUUAUCGUCUUCCAAAUGUUGGCACAUCGAACAACGUUACGGCAAGACAGAAUGCUAAGAAAGCGAUCAAGCAGACGAUGGAAUGUAGUGUCGUGGCUUCCGCUACAACGAAAACUGUCGCCAACCAGUACCACAUGCGCUCCCACCAGCAUCAGCAAGCGCACGAACAGGCGCCUUCUCAUCUAUAUAGUCCGUCUUCCCCCUAUCACCAUCAACAGCAAUCAUCAUCCACGGUCGCUGGUCCACCAACAACAACAACAAAUACGACGGCAGCUGGUGGCGGAAAUCGCGGCGGCAGGCCACGUGCUAUGUCCAUACAAUCACUCCAUCCCUCAUUGCAAAAUGGCGGUGGUGGCAAGUUCUCCUCAUACAACUCGCACCAGCCGCGCUAUCAUGAUCCCUCAUCCAUAGACUAUGGAAGUAAUGCAUACACCCACGGUAACCGUCGGAUGUCGCUGGAGAGUCCGCACGGAGCCGGUCAGCUUGACAAUUUGUCCGUGAUGGGCAACGCAAUCGCACCGGAGCACAAACCCAAGGUACCGACCAUGAGCGAGCGGGAUGUCACGCGAAGGCACCAUCCGUGCUACACGCGCAACAUGCCAUACUUUUCCUAGAAAGGUUGCACAGUUUGUUUUUAAGAAAGAAAAUUAAAAAAAAAAACUAUACCUAAAUAGUAUCUAGUCAAAUAUUAUUAGGUUCGAGCAAAGAAUUUUAGAGCAAGCUUACCCCGUUCGUGAGUUAGUUCCUUAAUUGUUUUGAAAAUUGUUUAAUUAUUUUUGUUCUGCGAAAAAAAAAUGUCAAAACUAUGAAGAGCAUCUAAACAAUUCUCUGUACUCAUGUUAGGGUAGUUUCAGUUGUUUGUUGCAGUUUAAAUAAUUCAAAAACGUGAAAAUAAAAGUAUUACUUGAUAUUUCAAAUGUAGCAAGCUAUUAUGUGAUUCAAAAUAAAAACUGUUCUAUUGAAUACUUUA